UUCGCGCGAAAGAAUGGAGGCUGUAAAAAAAGCAAAGGAGAGAUUGAGACAGUAUCCAAUUCUGUUAGCCCAAUGUCAGGAAUCGGCGUCGAAGUACGCAUCCUGCGUGUUAGCGAAAUCCAAUUUAGAAAAGAAUGCUUGCGUCGCGGAGUUCAACGAAUUGAAGAAAUGUCUUGUUAAAGCCGCUGCGAGCAAAAAUACUAGAUUAUAAACGA